AUGGCCACUUCUACUUCAAGCAGCUGGGGACAGCUCAGGCAGCAGGCCCGUGCUCUAGAAUCUCAAGUUAGCCAAACCCGGAUUCUUUGGGCAAGGGACCCUGCUAACACGAACAUAGACUGACAACCUAUUCCACACCUACUCUUCUUUCGUCUCCAGCCCUGCGGCAAAGCCCUCGGAAGCGGAGCUCCAAACAGAAUCUCAACUCCAGGAAAUACUUCAAAAGGUACACCAAUCUUUCCUCCUAGACAUCUCCCCUAAACAUUCCCGAAGCUAACGUCCCCAGCGAGAAACUGUCGUUUCCUCUCUCUCCCGACUCCUAAACUCCGAAACGACGUUAACUUCCUCCGCCACCAGACUUCAAAACCUUUCCCUGCACCGUUCCACUCUCUCGGACCACCGCCGCGAGUUCGUCCGUCUGAAGGGCACUAUCUCAGAAUCUCGCUCACGCACACAUCUUUUAUCAUCCGUCCGCGAUGACAUUAAUGCAUUCCGAUCAGCCUCUAGGAUUGAAGAAGGCAGAUCGGAGGCGGACUACAUGCUAGACGAGCGCGACCGCAUUGAUAACUCUCAUAAUGUUGCUGAUUCAGUCUUGAGUCAAGCUUAUGCCAUCCAGUCAGAUUUCAUGGAUCAGCGGCAGCUACUAGGAAACAUCAAUAGAAGGAUUGUGCACUCUGCCAGUCAAAUCCCAGGAAUCAAUACCAUCAUUGCUAAGAUUAACACCAGGAAGAAGAGGGACAGUGUUAUUUUGGCAGGCUUGAUUGCCGCUUGUUUCUUGAUGAUGUUGUGGUUUCGAUAG